AGCGGAGACCUCUUUUUCAUCUUACCCCGCAAAAACCCGAGCCAGACUCGAAGUUGAUCCCAUGAGUUGUGAACAGCAGUUAUGUACAGCGAAGCUCGGGGGACAGCCAACUAUUGAUAUUUCUGUUUCUUUUCGAAAUUGUCUCAAUAUCAUUUCUUUUCCCACAUUCUAUCUUGACGACAUAUUGUUUCGCCGCCAACAUGGCUUACCGAGUACCAAAUGAGCCGGACCAUCCCGAAGUCGACCUGUAUGCUCCCUUCACGAGCGACACGAUCCUUGAGGUCCGCACGGGCACCAUGAAGCCCCUGCGCGGCCUUACGGUACAGUCGGGCAUCGACAAGACGGUGCGCCACGGGCCGGUGCGCGUGACAGAGCUGGGCCUCGAAGGCGACGAGCACGACCCUACCUUUCACGGUGGCCUCGACAAAGCCAUUCACGGAUACUGCUCCUCCCACUACUCGACCUGGCGCGCUGAAUAUCCCUCGGCCGCGGCCGUCUUCCAGCCAGGCGCCUUCGGCGAGAACCUGGUCACCGCCCACCUCAACGAGCGCAACCUCUGCAUAGGCGACAUCGUGUCCAUCAGCCGCAGCCCGGCUCCCACCUCGGCAACCCCCGCCGCCAACGGCGACCCAGCCAAGGACGACAACGACGACAAGGGCGGCGACGACGCCAGCUCCGUCCUGCUGCAGGUCAGCCUGCCGCGGCAGCCGUGCUUCAAGCUCAACCACCGGUUCCAGCUCAAGAACUUCGCGCCGCAGACGUGGCGCACCAGCCGCACGGGCUGGUACCUGCGGGUGCUGCGGCCCGGCACGAUCCAGGCGGGCGACACGAUCCGGCUGGUGGCGCGGCCGCACCCGGCCUGGACGGUCGCGCGCGUGCAGGAGUACCUGCACCGCAACACCGCGGACGAGGCCAUGAACGCCGAGCUGGCGGGGAUCGCCGAGUUCGGCGCCGAGUGCAGAGAUGCGUUCCGCGCGCGGGUGCUGAGGCAGAGGGCAAGGAGGAGGAAGGCGGCGGCCGCCGCCGCGGCAGCACAGGGGAAGGAUGGCGGGGAAGAGAGGCAGCGGUGGAGGGAGUUUCGGGUGGUGGAGCGGCGGCGGGAGACGGGGCGGAUUGUGGCGUUUGUGCUGGAGGCGGUCGAGCCGCUGGUGGAGAGCGAGGGGGAGGAGGUGUCCCUUCGGGCCGGGGCGCACGCCAAGAUCCGGCUGGGGAACGGACUGGUCAGGGCGUACUCGGUCGUGGACGGCGAUCGGAACCGGUUCCGGCUCGGCGCGGCGCUCCAGGAGCAGAGCCGCGGCGGAUCGCGGUACCUGCACGAAAAGGUCCACGUCGGGCACACUCUGCAGGUGGGCGCCAUCACGCCGCCGGCACCCGCGGCGAGCGCGGCGAGUCAUCAUAUCUUCGUCGCCGGCGGGGUGGGGAUCACCGCGUUCCUGGGGAUGGUGGAGGACUUCAAAAAGAUCCACUACAGCGUUGAACUGCAUUAUGCGGUGCGCUCGGCGGAGGAUGUGCCGUUUCGGGAGCGCCUCGCCGCGCUGGGCGACGCCGUGGUCAUCUACGACAAGGCUGCGGGCCAGCGGCUCGACAUUCGCAGCAUCCUCGAUAAGAUGCUGUGGAAUUCGCGGCUGUACUUCUGCGGGCCAAAGCGGCUCAUGGACGAGGCUGCCAGGGAAGUCUCGGCCCGUGGCAUUCCCGAGACGGAAGUGCACUUCGAGGCCUUCGAGGCGGACGUCUCGGGGGAACCGUUCGAGGUGGUCGUGGCGAACAAGGGUGGCAGGACUAUCAAAGUGGGCGAGGAGGAGACGCUGCUCGAGUGCCUAGAGAGAGAGUUUGGCGGGGUCGAUUCGAGCUGCUGCGUCGGCAACUGUGGUACGUGCCGGGUUAGCCUCAAGGAAGGCCGCAUCGACCACCGGGGCACGGCAUUGAGGGAAGAGGAGAAGGCCACGUCCAUGCUGGCGUGUGUCAGUCGGGGGAUCGGACGCAUCACGAUUGAGAUCUGAACAGGGAGGCUUGCGCAGGUCGGCCUGUU